CCCAGGCCUCUGACCCGCUCCUUAGUUUGCUUCUUUCGGAAACUGAAACUUAAAGUGGUUUGCGUGGCCCCGCCGCUCCCGUAGUGUCUCUCCAGGCAGCUCUUGGAGAAACUGGCUGGGUAAGGAGGGUUCCUCUUCUGGCGGGCGUAGGGUUUGGCAGUCGCGCCUCACUUUUCAGAAUAGCAGGGAUAUUCUCGAAAGAGACAGCCUGGCUACAUAACAAGCGAAUCAUGGCAGCUGGUGAAGAUAAAAAUCAACUUCUUAAGGAGGCUUCAACAGAUGAAUUUUUGAAAGAUGAACAAAGUCAGAAAUUAAUUGAUGAAAUGUUAAAGGAAAAUAUUUACUUAAAGAUGGAGAUCCAAAAGCUUGAAGCUGAAUUACAAGAGGCCACCAGAAACUCUCAGAUUAAAGAGGAUAUUCCCGAAACAAAGAUGAAAUUCACAUCUUCAAAGAAUCCUGAGAAUGACAGCCAGUAUUUAAAUAUCUCCUGUUCAUUUCAUGUGAGCUCACAAGUUCCCUAUGUGCUACAAAAAGGAGAAGCACUCAUCACCUUUGAAGAAGAGGAAGUUGCCCAGAAUGUGAUCAGAAUGGGGAAACAUCGCGUGCAGAUAGUGAAUAUAGAUGUGGAGGUUACGGCCAAGCCAGUUCCAUUAAAAUCAGGAGUCAGAUUCCAGGUUCUUGCAGAACUGUCUAAAGUGAAGAUCAAUGUCACUGAAAUUCCUGAUGAAUUGCCUGAAAAUCAGAUGAGAGACAAGCUAGAACUGAGCUUUUGUAAGUCCCGCAACGGAGGCGGAGAAGUGGAAUGCGUGGAGUAUAAUAAACAGACCGGAAGUGCUGUCAUCACGUUUGUGGAAACUGGAGUUGCUGACAAGAUUUUGAAAAAGAAAGACUACCCUCUUUAUAUAAAUCAAGACUGCCAUAGAGUUGUUGUUUCUCCAUACAUAGAAACACACUUGAAAAAGUUUCAGAUCUUUUCGGGAACAUCUAAGAGGACAGUGCUUCUGACUGGAAUGGAAGACCUUCACAUGAUGGAUGAGGAGACUGUGGAGGACUUGGUCAGCAUCCACUUCCAGCGGGAGAAGAACGGAGGCGGAGAGGUGGAUGUUGUCAAGUGUUCCCUCAGUCGCCCGUGCAUAGCGUACUUUCAGGAAUAGGCUUGUGGAAUCACGUGACAGAGCUGAGCCCGAAGCACUGUUCGUGCUUGACAAAAAUGACUAUCUUUCUUCUUAAAAAUAUGAAAACUUUAAUUCUUAGUGUCCAUAUUUUCGUAGAGACAAAUAUAUUUCUAUGGUUCUGAGUUCUUUGUUUUCAGCUGGGCUGCAUAUUUACAAAUGCAAUAAGCUCACUGUAUUAAAAACAGUUUUGUUCAUAAA